GUACCGAGAGGCUAUUCACAAGUGGGAUGAAGCACUUCAAUUAACUCCAGAAGAUGCUACGCUUUAUGAGAUGAAAUCACAGGUCCUUAUGUCUUUACAUGAAAUGUUCCCAGCAGUACAUGCAGCAGAAAUGGCUGUCCAGCGAAACCCACGUUCUUGGGAUGCCUGGCAGACUUUGGGACGUGCCCAGCUUGGAUUAGGAGAGAUAGCACUGGCAAUCCGAAGUUUCCAGGUAUCCUUACACAUCUUUCCAAUGAACCCUGAAGUAUGGAAAGAGGACCUUUCCUGGGCAAGAAAACUACAUGAACAGCAGAAGGCAACAAAGACCGAGGCAGUGCAAGCACUGGCAAAGGAAAAAGAACUUGCACAAGAAUCAAUCCCAGACUAUGACUUUGAAAGUGAUGAAAUUGUGGCCGUCUGUGCUGCCAUCGCAGAGAAGGAGAAAGCUCUUUCAGCAGCUAAAACAGUAGUGAUUGUGUCUGCUUCAGGCACAGUAGAGACUGUUACUGAGAAGGAGGAUUGUCCUACAACUCCUGAUGAAACCCUUUUCAUCAGAGCCCGAUAGGGCAGCCUUAUGGGAUGCCAUACUGUUUUAAGAACUAGUGUUAUUUAUUGCAUGGGGCUUGCUUUGUUUUUAUUUUUAAGCAGUGAGAGAGCCUACAAAAGUUGAAAGAACUGAAAUGAUUUUCCUUUUGUAAAUUGAAAGCAAUGACUUCAGUUGUUGUUCCACCCCUGUUUUUGGAGAAGGCCAAGAGUUGAUUCUAAAAAUCUGAUGAACAGAUGUGAUGUUAAAAUGCUCAACUACAUUCUAACAGCUGCUUUGAUCUU